AUGCCCUCCCGUCAAGAAGUCUCCUACUUCGGAGCCGGCCCAGCUCCCCUCCCGACCCCCGUCGUCGAAGCCGGCGCAAAAGCCUUCGUCAACUUCAACGAGGCUGGACUCGGCCUCGGCGAGAUUUCGCACCGCUCCCCGACAGCCAACAAGAUCCUCGACGACGCCAAAGCCAACCUCUCCGCUCUCCUCGAUAUCCCCGAUAACUAUGAAAUCCUCUUCAUGCAGGCCGGUGGCAGUGGCGAGUUCAGCGCCGUCGUGCAGAACCUUGUCCCCGUUUGGAUCGAGCGUCGGCGUCGCAGGGCUGAGGCCGAUAUUAAGAAAUCCCAGCCUGAUGCUGAACAGGCCCAGGUGGAUGAAUUGGUCUUUCAGAGACUUCAGAAGGAGGUUGACGAAGAGCUGAAGCUGGAUUACCUCGUGACUGGAUCUUGGUCGCUCAAGGCUUCCCAGGAAGCGAGUAGACUGAUUGGUUCGAAAUAUGUGAAUGUGGCUGUCGAUGCUCGCAAGGCAAAUGGUGGGAAGUUUGGGAAGAUUCCUGCUGAGGAGACCUGGUCGUUGACUCCUACUAAGAAGGAGGGCGGAAAGGGCUCUGCUUUCGUCUAUUUCUGUGAUAAUGAGACUGUUGAUGGUGUGGAGUUCCCGCAGUUCCCCAAGUCUUUGGAGGCUCAGGGUCAGGAUGCUGAGGAUGAGCGCCUGGUUGUGGCUGAUAUGAGUUCCAACUUCAUCAGCCGGAAGGUCGAUGUUAGCAAAUACGCUGUUAUCUUCGGUGGCGCACAGAAGAAUAUCGGUGUUACCGGUAUCACCAUUGCCAUCGUUCGCAAGGACCUCCUCCCUCCCCAGACCGCCACUCCUCCCCCUGCUCUCCUCCACCGAUUGAACAUCGGCGGUCUUCCGGGCCCUAUCGUCCUCGACUACGCAACCAUCGCAAAGAACAACUCCCUCUAUAACACUCUCCCCAUCUUCAACCUCUGGAUCGCCGGUCAGGUCAUGGCCGAUCUGAUGGCCGAGUUCAGCACGCAGAAGGUCAGCGGGCAAGAGGAAGUCGCCAACAAGAAGGCGCAGCUCAUCUACGGGGCUCUGGACAAGUACCCGGCAGUGUACCAGGUUGUUCCCGACGUCAGCGUCCGCAGCCGCAUGAACAUCUGCUUCCGCGUUUGCGGCGGUGAUGAUGCAAAGGAGAAGGCGUUCAUCGCCGGCGCUGAGAAGCGUCUUCUCCAGGGUCUUAAGGGCCACCGCAGUGUAGGCGGCAUGCGUGCCAGUAACUACAAUGCGGUUCCGCUGGAGAAUGUGCAGAAGCUGGUGAAGUACCUCGAGGACUUUGCUGUUGGGUUGUAG